AUGGACAGGAAGGGGCUUGUGUCGUGCUUUGACAAUGCGAACGACAGGACUGGGCAGCCCCCAGCCAGUAAGGUGCUGGCCCGCCACAGUUCGUCUACUCCAGUGGGUGCCUGGAGUGUAGGCCAAAAGCCGAAAAGCGGACUGCAAACCCCUGCACCAGGCAAAAAUGAAAGAAAGAAGCCGCCAGGGCUGAAACUGGCAACCUGGAACGUCAGAACAAUGUGUCCUGGCCUGUCUGACGACCUCCAACUAAUAGACGAUGCCAGGAAAACCGCCAUCAUUGACCGCGAGCUGAAGAGGCUCAACAUCGACUUUGCAGCACUGCAAGAGACACGACUCCCCGGAAGCGGUUGUCUGAAGGAGAGUGACUAUACAUUCUUCUGGCAGGGGCAAGAGUUACACGAGCGCCGUUUCUACGGCGUCGGCUUCGCCGUCCGAAACUCCCUCCUGUCCACCAUAGAAUCGCCCUCUUCAGGCACACCACGAGUCCUCUCUCUCCGCCUCACCACCUCUUCUGGACCAGCCAAUAUCCUUAGUGUCUAUGCCCCUACACUCAGCUCAACAGCGGAGGCUAAGGAUCAGUUUUAUGAGGAGCUCGAGGCGAAGAUCAGGCAGAUCCCCGCCAAGGAGCAUCUGUUCCUACUCGGUGACUUUAAUGCCCGGGUGGGAGCAGACCACGACUCUUGGCCUUGCUGCAUCGGCCACUUUGGCGUUGGAAAUAUCAACGAAAACGGCCAGCGCCUCCUCGAACUCUGCUCCUUUCACGACCUCUGUCUCACGAACACCUUCUUCGCCACCAAGCUUCAUCACAGGGUAUCUUGGAGACACCCAAGGUCCCGUCAUUGGCACCAGCUGGACUUCGUGAUCACCAGGAGAACCCUGCUAAACCAUGUGCUGGUCACGCGCAGUUAUCACAGUGCAGACUUCAGAAUCAACAACCCUGAGCUGCGGGAACACUUCGCCAAAGCCAUCGAUGUAGCCCUUGAGGGUUGCCCAGCUGGCAGCGCUACAGAGCGGUGGAACCACAUCCGCGAGGCUGUGUUUCAGACUGCCAUGGGUACCUUUGGGAAAAGAGAGAGAAAGAGUGCAGACUGGUUUGAGUCAGGAGUCGCUGAGCUGGAGCCCGCUAUCGCUGCUAAGCGAGCUGCCCUACUUGCCCACAAAAAUGACCCCUCCACGAAGACGCUCGCGACACUUCGUGCUGCUCGCUGCAACACACAGAGGAUCGCCAGACGCUGUGCUAACAACUAUUGGUCGAGCCUCUGCCAAGACAUCCAGCUCUUUGCAGACAUGGGCAACGUGCGGGGUAUGUACGAUACUCUGAAGAAAGCUUUUGGCCCAAGCACCAUCAAGACUGGCCCCAUCAAAUCUGCCGAAGGCGUGCUCAUCAAAGACCGCAGCAAGCAGAUGGAGAGAUGGGCCGAACACUUUCAAAAGCUCUACUCGAGAGAAACUACAGUCUCCAACACAGCCCUCGAGCGUACUCAUCCACUACCUACUAUGGAUGAACUUGACGCACCACCUACAAUUGAAGAGCUCAGCAAAGCCAUUGACUCCCUAGCCAGCGGAAAAGCACCAGGCAGCGACAACAUCCCGCCUGAGGUCAUCAAGGCCGCAAAGGAGAGCUCCCUCCUACAACAUCUUCACAUGCUCCUUCUGCAGUGCUGGGAGGAGGGGGCUGUGCCCCAGGACAUGCGCGACGCCAUGAUUAUCACGAUCUACAAGAACAAGGGAGAACGGUCUGACUGCGAUAACUCCCGCGGCAUUUCGCUCCUCAGCAUUGUCGGCAAAGCCUUUGCCCGUGUCGACCUCGGCAGACUGCAACUCCUUGCUGAGCGUGUUUACCCUGAGGCACAGUGUGGAUUCAGGACCGCCAGAUCAACCAUUGACAUGGUGUUCUCUGUGAGGCAGCUACAGGAGAAAUGCCGGGAGCAGAGACAGCCCCUGUACCUGGCUUUCAUCGACCUCACCAAGGCCUUCGAUCUGGUUAGCCGAGAUGGACUGUUUGCCCUCCUCCAGCGUAUUGGAUGUCCUCCCAAGCUCCUGAGUCAGAUCGUGUCCUUCCACCAGGAUAUGAGCGGCACUGUCCAGUUUGACGGAUUAUGCUCGGAGCCCUUUCCGAUCAGAAAUGGAGUGAAGCAGGGCUGCGUCCUUGCCCCGACCCUCUUUGGCAUUUUCUUCUCCCUGCUUCUAUCACACGCUUUCGGGGACUCCGACGACGGCAUAUUCAUUCACACCAGAAGUGACGGAGGGCUCUUCAACUUAGCACGCCUUCGAGCAAAGACCAAAGUAAGGAAGGUGCUCAUCAGAGAACUACUCUUCGCUGAUGAUGCUGCCCUAGCUGCACACACUGAAGCAGGGCUGCAGCGACUCAUCGAUCGCUUUGCAGCCGCCUGUGCAGAGUUUGGCCUCACCAUCAGCCUCAAGAAGACCCAAGUCAUGGGCCAGGAUGUCAGCAGCGCCCCCAGCAUCUCCAUUGGCGAUCACACCCUCGAGGUGGUGGAGAAGUUCACCUAUCUCGGGUCCACUAUCUCUAGCAACCUCUCCCUUGAUGCAGAGCUGAACACCAGGAUUGGCAAGGCAGCGACCGCGAUGGCCCGCCUGACGAAGCGAGUCUGGGACAACACCAUGCUCACCAUCAACACCAAGAUAAGAGUAUACCAGGCCUGUGUGCUGAGCACUCUCCUGUACGGCAGUGAAGCAUGGACCCUCUACUCCGGCCAGGAACGCCGGCUGAAUGCUUUCCACCUACGUUGCCUCCGCAAACUGCUCGGCAUCACUUGGCAGGACCGCGUCACCAACAUCGACGUCCUAGCCAAGGCAGGGAUACCCAGCAUGCUCGCCAUCCUGUCCCAGAGACGACUGCGUUGGUUGGGUCAUGUGACCCGAAUGGAUGAUGGUCGCAUCCCCAAAGACAUGCUGUUCGGAGAGCUGGCCAGUGGCACCAGACCCACAGGACGCCCAUCCCUCCGCUACAAGGAUGUGUGUAAGCGCGACCUAAAAGCUGGUGGCCUCAACCCUUCAGACCUGGAGACAGCUGCCUCAGACCGCUCCGGCUGGCGGUCCACCAUCCGGGCUGCUGUCAAAGAGGCAGAGGAAAUCAGAGACACCCGGUCAGGAGAAAAACGUCUCCGCAGACAGCAGCGACUGCAGUCGGCCCCACCUCAGACUCAGAGACAGGAGCCAGCCUUCACCUGCAACAGAUGCGGCAGGCCAUGCAGUUCUCGCAUCGGCCUGUACAGUCACACCAGACGCUGCAACUCACUGACAUAG